AUGGCGCCAACGGGAACCGUAUUGUCUCCCUCAAUCAACUAUCGCUGCCAUCGAAUGGUGGCCUCUCCAUCGGAGCAGCAACAACCACGGCUGGAGGCGGCAGAAGGUCCGGUGGUGCACGUCGCAACACCACAGCGCCGAACGGUGUACGACAGCCCGCAACAUCCACUGGGAGAAGGCCGCGAGGCAGCUCCGCACCCGCCGGUGGAGUUGUCGCGUCAGAUGCGGUACAGGCUGGGGCAACGGCACGAAACCAGACUGGACGCACGGCUGCAGCUCGUGCAAGGCAGGCGGAAGCAUACCAGACUGGCCGGUCAGCACAGCAGUCCGACCCUCAUGCGGAUGCGGCGAUUCAGCGUGCUGCAGGUGCGGCGACUACGCGUGCCGCUGAUGCGGCGCAUCAGCAUACAUAUGGAGGGGCGAUUCAGCGUCCUCCUGGAGCGGCGAGUCCGGCCCGCCGCAGGUGCUGCGUUUCAGCCCGCCGCAGGUGCUGCGUUUCAGCCUGCCGCUGGUGCUGCGUUUCAGCCUGCCGCUGGUGCUGCGUUUCAGCCUGCCGCUGGUGCUGCGUUUCAGCCUGCCGCUGGUGCUGCGUUUCAGCCUGCCGCUGGUGCUGCGUUUCAGCCUGCCGCUGGUGCUGCGUUUCCGCAAGAUGAUGGACAGCAGGUUUUGCUCGAGGCUGGAGCCACGCUUGCGUUUGCAGCUGGAGGCGCAGACCAGCCUGGUGUUGGAGCCGCGUCUCACCCUGCUGGAGUCACGUUACCUCAUGAGGCUGGAGCCUCAUUCCAGCCCGACGCUGGUCCGGAGUUUCCGGCUGCUGCUGGAGGCGCAUUAGAGUCUGAUUCUGAUGCAUUCGAUGUGUUUCUGGAGGACGAUGAAGAUGGUGGUGGUUAUAAGCAGCCAGUGGACCUCGAGGCGGAGCCAGAGAUAGAACCCGCCAUCCCUGAACCUGUGUACAUGCCUGAGCUGAUGGAAAAUCGUGCGACAGAGUCUACGUCGCCAACAGUUGACCGUGCAGUGUUUGAGGCCCAGGCCGCGCGAUACCGCCAGUUGGAGCGCGAGCUUAUGCAAGCGCAAAAUGAGAUGCGUGCCAUGCAGCGACAACAUGCACCCUCACAACAUGGCACUGGUCAACGCGAUGGGCAGCGGUUCGACACCGAGAUCAACACCGAUGCGGAUGCAGGUGGUUGGAACGAUGCGGCGAACAUAGCAGAUCCGAACGAAGUGGUUUCAGGUGGGGCCGGUGCGACAAACAGUGGGCGUUUCGAGGCGGCUUCCGCGGCUAACGGAGGGCCGUCAGGAGCUGCUGUUGCUGCUAACGCUGGGCUACCGGGUGCUGCUGGUGCGGCUAACGGAGUGCGUUCUGGGCUUGCUCGUGCGGCUAACGGAGGGCCGUCAGGUGCUGCUGGUGCGGCUAACGGAGUGCCGUCAGGUGCUGCUGGUGCGGCUAACGGAGGGCGUUUUGGUGCUGCUGGUACGGCUAACGGAGGGCGUUUUGGUGCUGCUGGUGCGGCUAACGGAGGGCGUUUUGGUGCUGCUGGUGCGGCUAACGGAGGGCGUUUUGGUGCUGCUGGUGCGGCUAACGGAGGGCGUUUUGGUGCGGAUGCGGCAGGCGAAGACAACUACGAGCUGCACCUUAACAUACCGCGUCCCUUGGUGUUGGUCGAGCCGAACCGCCCUGCGAUCAUUGACGCUGUCAACAGUGCGUACGCACAUGGAGCCACACUCGACCUGCAUCAACUGACUCAUAUGCAACGGUCGUGGGCGCACCGUUACGCGAUGGCGUUGGCCUCAAUCCCAGCGAAACACAAUGGGUUCACGGUAGGCCACGGUCUCCUCAUUUGUCCAGUCUAUCGCCUUGCUCGUCGCAUGUAA